CAAAAUUGCACCUUUAGAUUUAGCUCCGUUUCGAUUGAUCUGUGAAACACCUGAUUGCGCUGCCAACUGUCCCACCCCCGGUGAUUCACGUCGCAAGUUGGUAUUAAAAGUACACCCUUUUAUCAUUUGUCUUUCUCCUCUUUCACAACAAAAAUUAAUUAAAAAAAAAAACGAAACACACGAAACACCCGAACUCACCAUGUGAGUGCAAUUAAAAUUACUUAUUCACGCAUCAAAUCGCCGCCGACAAUCCGUUAGUACGCCGGGCAUCACAAUUAACUUAUGCGACUAAUUAAAUAAGUGACGUGUAUUACGUUGGUCCUAUUGAAUAUAAAUCGUGUUGAAAUUAAUAUAACAAUCACGGAUUCAUCGCACUUUUCGAGGCCCCAUGGGGGUUGAAACGGAUGCAGUCCAUAAAGGACUGCAGCAACUAUGGGUAACUGCUUCAACAGUUGUAUACCCAAAUCUGAUGCUUCUAAGACGCUCAGGAGUCUCAACAUACUGUCGGGCCAGAACAGUGGGGUUGAGUUCACCUUCCUUGUGGAAGAUAACAAUUCCACUUGUGGGGACAAGACGAGGAGCUUUUUGUCUAGAUUUUUUAAGAAAAGGAAAGAUCACAAAAAGAAACCCGUUUUAGAGUUAGUUGACGGCUUGUUAAAUCCCCAACUAACUUCCUACAGCAGAUUAAAUGAAUCACAACGCCUUCCCUCAACCGGGUCAUGUACCAGUCGGGACAUACAACUGCAAUGUUUGGACGCUCGUGCUCUUAUGUCCAGGACCGCAGCUUCAACACCAGCAAGCUCCUUGGAUCUGGAAUGGGAACAUGAAACUUUACCCAUUUCUAUGAUACACGACCCAUCUGGAAGCUCCUGGACUGCGUUGCCGGAGGACCUGUCGCAGUGCGCAAGCGCCUCCAGCCCGCAGCACACCGCCGCGGUCCACAACAACAGCGACUCCGACUGGUCGAGGGUGUCGUCGGCCAACUCCCUCGAAUGGGACAACGUCCCGAAUUCGAUACAGGCCAGUCCGCCGCCCUCCGAGGUCGACACCGACACGCAGUUCCUGCUCAGCGAGAUCGAACGACUGACCAAUCAGACGCUGCUCGAGACCGGACAGGACCUGUUCAGCUGAUCAUGCGCCGCCCAGGCCGCCAAAUGGUCCGUGCGGACUUGUGAGUUGACUUUGUGUCGGAUGUAGCUGAUCAUUUUUGGGGUGUGAUCAUUUCUUGUCUGUAAAUUUCGUUCACUGCGUUUUAUUGUUUAAAUAAAUCUUAAAUAAAACACAAUAUAAAAGUUUGAGCUAAAAAAAUGUGGUAUCAGGUAAAUAAGGUCUUUUUAAACAAUAAAAAUGCAAACUAUAUAUUUAUUAUAUAUUAUUUAUAAGACAAGAUUACAUCAAUCUCCUUAUUUCACCUCUGUUUUAUAUUUAUUGCAGAUUAUUGAAAGUUUUAUAUUAUAUUUCUCAAAUACUCCUCAAUUGAAAUUCAAUUUAAAAUAAUAAAUAACAUAGUCUAUCAAUUUUCUCUAUAAAAAACUAGAAAUGUGACGUCAAUCACAAUUUUUAUAGUACCUACAUGAGCAGAUAAUAAAUGUAAUUUUUAAUAAAAUCCCCGUUUAAAAGACCUCUAAUUUACGGGACUAUCUGUAUAUGUGUAAUCGUUCCAAUAACAAGAAUAAGACUGUAAUUUAUCAAAAAGUUGUAAAAUAAUUGAUUGAUUGUCUUAUUUUGUACAAAAAAUAAACAAUAUAACAAUACUGAAAUCUUUUAAGACCAUGUUUAUCUAAUACUAUUAGAACCCUUAAAAGACAAUAGCAUAAAACGUACCUUCAUAUGAUAAAACAUUAAUUAAAAUAAAUAAUAAACUAUUUUUAUUACAUUGCAUGUUUUACAAGAUUUCAGUAGGUAAAUUUAGUAAUAAAUCAUCCCGUAGUGUCCUUUUUAUAAUUAAUAGUAAAUAUUGUUGUUUAGAAGAGACAAUUAGGCCUAUAUGGUUGAUAUACCUGUUCCACCCAAGAUAUGGUUGUGUUUUGAUUUUAAACAUUAUUUAUUGUGUUACUUAACUGAAUGUAUUGGUCUUAAGUCUGAGAAAAAGCAACAUCUUCAACAAGACUAUUUUGAAACCUCUGAUUGUUCAAAAUUUUCAAUAUUACAACGAAUAAUUACAAAAUAGUCACGACAAAAUACUUAUUCGUUUUCGAGGAAUGGGAAAAAUCAGGUGGGACCAAGAUUCGCUUUUAUUAGAGGGGCCUUCAUCAAUUGCGAUGUGAAAAAUUUGAUGUAAUUAUGUAAUAUACGGCUUGAGCUUUCGAUUUUCACAUAAACUUGUCACUAAACCCAAUAAUACGUUAUUUUAAAAUUUAAUGGCAAAUAAGUUGCGUGCAAUAUUAUUAUUGGGGGAUUUAAUUCGUGUGCUUGAUUUAAGCAAUUGUAUAGUUUAACAUUGUUAAGUCAGAUUGUUGUGUUUUAAUUUAUUGUUUUAUGAUAUUGUUAAAUGAUUUGCUUAUAUUACAUAGAUUUAAAAACUGUUUGUAUAUACACACACCAAUGUUUUAUGCAUACAUAUCACCCUAGAAAAUAAAUAAUACCCUUGUAA